UCACUCUCUAUAUUUCCCUUCUUUUUCACACCAAACAUUUUGUUACCAUAAAACAAAAAGUUUCCGGUCGCCAGAUCAAGUCACAAAUUAGGGUUCCGGCGAAAACACACACAAAAAACACCAUCACUAUGUGGAAACGAGCCUCAUCUAAACUAUUAUCUCUCCGAUCUUUCCCCAAACCUAAUCGUAUCGUUACGCCGUCGCUUUCUCCGGCGACGACUAUUCGUCCGUUCGCGAAUAUCGUUGCUCGUCACUAUUCCGGAAAUGUUGCGAAAAAAGUGGAAGAUGUGAUGCCGAUUGCCACUGGUCAUGAACGUGAGGAGCUUGAAGCUGAGCUUCAGGGAAGAGAUAUUCUGGAAAUUAAUCAUCCAGAAGGUCCAUUUGGUACCAAGGAAGCUCCUGCUGUGGUUAAAUCUUAUUAUGACCAGAGAAUUGUUGGUUGCCCUGGGGGAGAAGGCGAGGAUGAGCAUGAUGUUGUUUGGUUUUGGCUAAAGAAAGAUCAACCACAUGAAUGCCCAGUAUGCACACAAUAUUUCAAGUUGGAAGUCGUGGGCCCGGGAGGACUUCCAGACCACCUUGAUGAAGAUGAACAUCACUGAUUGGAUUUUCCACCUUUAAAAUAUGCCGGAAUAAGAAUCUGGUGAGAUGACAAGACUUUGAAGUUCUGCAGUAUCAGGAUUUAAUCAGUCCUGCAUUUUGUUUCAUAUGUUUAUUGUCGUUUUUGGUUGAAUCAGAGCAUGCAUACAUCUUUUUUUCUUUGUGAAUUCUCGGAUUUUGGGGCAUGCCAACUAUUUGAAUUAUGGACACCAAUGCUUGAAUUCAUUUGAAAUAAUUAAUGGUGCCAAGUUUAGGCUC